AGUCCAAAUAGCAUUGGGGUUUUUUGAAAGGUUGUGCCUUGCGCUACUGGUUGAAACUCGAGCACACAGUUGAAGUCGAACACACACGCAGAGAUGAUGGAAGAGAAUUCGCGUGGUUGGGACUCAGGAGGAAUGGUGUUAGAAACCCUAAGAAAACGAGGUUGGUGUUUGGAAGAUACGGACCGAUUGAAGGCCAUCAUCGACAUUCAAUCCGCACUCGCUGAUGACCGUUCCAAAUUGGUAGAUUCUGUUGAGUCAGAGCUCCUCAAUUCCGACCUCAGAUCCAUCGCCGCCAAGUCCUUGCCCCAACCCUCUCUUCUUCGCAACGCUUCCACUUUCCUUCACGGCCCCAAAGUCCUUCAGAUAAGUUCAGUGAGGGACAUAUCUAAGAGCAGUGUGGAUGAGUUUUUGAAAAACUCAGGUGAUAGGAGAGUUCUCAGAUUGUGUCUCACUGAUGGUCACUACGAAAUAACUGCUGUGGAAUAUUCUCACAUUCCUUCUAUACCCGACAAUGUGGUUCCGGGUACUAAGAUUCGUUUGGAAAAUAAAGUUGCGGUUCACAAUGGUAUUGUUUGCUUAAAUCCUAAAGUAUUGACUGUAUUAGGAGGUGUUGUUCAAUCGCUCUAUGAAGAAUGGGAGAUGAACCAAAAAUAUUCUGGAUUCUCCCGAUCAUCUUUAAGAAAGCUAGAGAAUCGAGAUACAGGUGGUCCUCCACAGUUUGUGAAGCUGCAGGUUGGAUCUUCUUCAGGUAUUGCAGAUUAUAACUCUAGCAGAAGCCGUAAGCCAGUUGCUGUGGUUGGUGAAGCUGAGAUGAGACCAACAAGUACUGCAGAUUAUAACUCUAGUAGAAGUCGUAAGCCAAUUGCUGUGGUUGGUGAAGCUGGGUUGAGACCAACUGAUUUCCAGCAAGACCCUAAUCAGAAAGCAGAUGCAAAUCUACAAUCCAAACCACCUCAAGAAAGAGCUGAAGACAAGGCUAGUAGUAGUUCAGGCACAAGGCCAAAAGAAGUUGUGGAAUCUGUUCCUGUUCAAAAUCAAGCAGCUGCCCAAAAGUUACUUCAGAAGUUAAAUCACCCAAGUCAGAAUGAUCGACAUCAUAGGGGUUGGAAACAUAGGGGCAAGGGGAAACAAGAAGAUCCAGUUGUAUUCACUCUGGAAGAAUAUGAAAACAGAAAGGCCCAGACAAAGCCUUCUAUUAAAGACUGGGAUCUAGAUAUCAGUCGUGAUGAGCAUCUUGCUAGACAGCUUCAAAAUCAACUAGACCUUGAAGAUUCUCGGGUAGGAAGGGGUACUUAUGAAGACAAGGCACAAGAUAUUAGGAUGAGUAUGUUCGCAUAUGAAAGGGAUUCUGACAGCAGCCAUCAAAUGGGGCAAGGAGGAAGGGGAAGGGGAAGGGGAAGAGGAAAGGGUAGAGGAAGGGGGAGAGGAAGACAUGGUUAACUAUCAUGAUUUUGGUUUCAAGUGUUUCUUGUGAAGAUGAAAAUCUUGGCUUCAGAAUAUGUUAAGAGUUCCUUGGGCAAAAUCCAACGACAAGACAAUCGAUAGCAUAGGGUUCAGUUUUCAAGGUGAUCAACCUUUGUGCUUUCUUUGUUAAAUGUAUCAUAAAUUGGGUAUUUAUAUUCUUUUCUUUCCAUAUAGAUUGAUCAGUGAACUUAUCGCCACAUUUCUUAUUUUGAAUAUACUGAAGCAGAGUUCGAGUGCUUAUAAGCUAUA